GCGGGCGGGCCCCGCCCCCUCCCCUUCUUCUUCUUCCUCCUCCUCCUCCUCCUCCUCCUCCUCCCCGCCCCCCGCCCGCCGGCUCCUUCCCGCCGCCCGCCCCUCGCGCCGCGCGCGCCUCGCCUCGCGCCGGCGCCGCUGCCCCGACGGCCGCGGCUGCUGCGGGAACAAAGGAGGGAACCGGCGGCGGCGGCAGCGGCUGCUGCUGCGGCCGCGGCUGCUCCGCGCCCCUCGCCCUGCCGGCAGCGGCCCGCAGUCACCCGACGAGCCCGCCGCGGGGCACCCGGCCCCCGCCGCGAACAGCAUCGAGAUGACUCAGGAGACAAACCAGACCCCAGGGCCCAUGCUGUGUAGUACAGGAUGUGGAUUUUAUGGAAAUCCUAGGACAAAUGGGAUGUGUUCUGUUUGCUACAAAGAGCAUCUUCAGCGACAGCAGAAUAGUGGCAGAAUCAGCCCAAUGGGAACAGCCAGUGGUUCAAACAGUCCUACCUCAGACUCUGCGUCUGUACAGAGAGCAGAUACUACUAGCUUAAACAGCUGUGAAGGUGCUGCUGGCAGCACAUCUGAAAAAUCAAGAAAUGUGCCUGUUGCCGCUUUGCCUGUUACACAGCAAAUGACAGAAAUGAGCAUUUCAAGAGAGGAAAAAGUAACACCGAAAACAGAGACUGAGCCAGUUGUUACCCAACCAAGCCCAUCAGUUUCUCAGCCUAGUACUUCUCAGAGUGAAGAGAGAGCUCCUGAACUGCCCAAACCAAAGAAGAACAGAUGUUUCAUGUGCAGAAAGAAGGUUGGCCUUACAGGAUUUGACUGCCGAUGUGGAAACUUAUUUUGUGGACUUCACCGUUAUUCUGACAAGCAUAACUGCCCAUACGAUUACAAAGCAGAAGCUGCAGCAAAAAUCAGGAAAGAGAACCCAGUUGUGGUGGCUGAAAAAAUCCAGAGAAUAUAAAUUAACCUGCCUGUGAAAAGACUGAUUUUUUUUUUCUUUUUAAUAUAUCCUAGGAAAACAUUGAAGAGCAGGUGCAUGACCAUUUUCCUUUGUUCUCCAAAGUUUUACUUUUAGUCUCGUCUGUCUUAAUGAUAUUUCAGAAUCUUUGGGUGUUUGUUACAGGCAGAAUUGGAUAGAUACAGCCCUUGAAAACACAUAUGCCCUCCCCAGAAUAUAAUUGGAUGAUCAGAAACCUGCACAGGAAUACACAUGCACAGAGGACAGACUCUUUAGUUCAUGUGUGCCAAACAGAUGUAUGCUAUCUGCAUGUUUGCAGCAGAUCUGCCUUUUGAGGUGUGUUUGAGGUAUAUAAUCUUUGACUAGUGUUAUGUGCCUGUUUUGGAGAAGGAUACAUCAAAAAGGUUGGCAGUCAACUUCUAUCAUUUAAUAUCUCAUUCUAGUCUUAGUUUCAAUGCUCCAUUGUUUUCCACCAGAACGUCAGCUAUGUAGAGGGGUCUACCUUUCCAGUAGGGUAAGUGUUAGUGCCAUAUUUAAGAAAGCCACUUAGUUGCACUGAGGGAAAAAUGGAAAAAAUCGGAUACAUGUGAGGGGAAAAAAAACCUGGUUUGAAACAGAUCACAUUAACUUUAUAAUCAUGAAAAUAGGUUCCCAAAGGAAAUAUCCUGUUGGGAACUUAAGAACUGGCCUGCAACAGAAUUGUCUGCUUUUCCUUGCAUAGCUAAAACUUGUGUAGCACAAUAUUUUAAGAUUGGUUUAAAAAAUACAAGUUACAUACAUUUUUAGACAUACCACAACAGCUCUAUCAAGCAACACGUGUCUCAGUAAGUUGCUGAAGUAUUAGAGCAGUUUAUUAUUCAUAUACUACUUAUGUUCAAUGUGUUCUGAGUUCAAAAGAAUAUUACAUUUUUUUUCUAGUUUUAAUGUAACAGUUGCACCAUUCUGCAUGGAAAACCAUACCCAACAUGGCUGCUGUAGACUUAAGUGGUAGCUGGAACCACUCUUGGAGGGCUGCUUUAUCAUUUUUAAUUGUACUUGGGUGUAGGACUGUAGUGUUCUUGGGUGUAUUGCAUGGGCUGCAUUAUCUACAGCAUUGUACAAUAACAACUCUAGAAAAGGCAGUAUACUUCACUGAUGCUUGUCUGGUAAUAUCACUUCUGUGUUAUAAUGGAAGGGUUUUUUGUGAUGUAUGAAACUUGUGUUUUUUAUAUAAACAAGUACAGUUUAGACUAGUGUUGUGGUAAUGCCUGUUCUCAUCUGUAAAUACGUAUGUACACAAGGCGCUACUUCUGAACUUCUGAUUUUUAUUGCAGUGUUCAGUCUUAGUUUUUACUUCACUAUUAAAAGCAUCAGGUUUUUGCUUUAACAUUGUUCUUUCAAUUGAGUUAUUAGAUAAGAAACAUGUACAGAUAGUUCAUAUUUAUGUAUUGCACAUAAUCAUGCUACCCAGCAUUUAUGCUAUAUUGUAUUAUGUAAAUAAUAAAAAUCAUGUACAGAGGGAAA